GACUUCUGGGUCGGACCGGUCUCGAGACAGUCCGGGACUACGGUCGUGGUGAAGGCCGAGGUCUGUCUAAACGUCUUGUCUCGGAUUCCGUUGAAGCAGCACAUUGCCAAAAUGAACGUGGACCACUUUGCCAAAGCGGUCUCGGAGUUAGACCGCGACUUGGUCAUGUUGGAGGAACAGGCCCGGCUCACGAAGGAGCAGAAGAGGAUCGCGACGGACGGUCUGAGGGCUGCGGAAGGUCACUUGCAGACACAUGCGAAGCUGGCCCAGGUCAAUGAAGCCCUUGAGCAGCUGCCGCCGGCUGAAUCGUCUCCGGCAGCCGAUGGCCUAGCAGUCUAA